AUGCAUACGAAAUACUCUUCAGAACAUAGAAAAAUCGUUAACAAAAGUACAUCUCAAAAUCAUAUUCACGUUUGUACAUACGAACAGAGUGUUAAUAAAGUACCUGAUCAAGCUUCAAGGAGUGAUACUUUGGGUGUGUCCAAGAAGAAAAGAUCAAAUUCCAGAAAUAACGUUCAAGUGGAGUUGAUGGUCAAAAAGCUCUUUAUGGGUGCAGCUCAGGAGAUGCCCAUUCGCCAAAUAAUCAUCAGCAUAUCCCUUUGUCCUUUAAGAAUAGAAACUAAAAGAUUAAUGUUUCCUUGAGCGCAUUUUCAAUUACCUAGGUGUGAGCGUUUCUAUUUUUAUAAGACAACCUAUGUAUUGUAAUGCAUUAUAUUCGUCAUUUUACUUUUCAUUGCAAUAUCUUAUAAUAUCA